AUGUGUAAAAUUCAUAGUACAAACAAGCCAUUGAUAGGAGGUCCUCCACUCUCUCCUAUUGCAUUAAUGAAUAUACCAGAUGAUAGACCAAAAAUAUCUGAAUUGAUAGAGUUUCAUGAGUUAUUGAUCAAAGGACAACUGAAGGGAUCCUUACAACUGCUUGAUGCUGAUACUAUAAGAAAGAUUAGAAAUGCUGUUAAUGAUCAUGAAGGAAUGUCUCUUCUUAUAAGAGCUUUUGAAGAACAUCCAACACUGCUAUAUAAAAUGAGAGUAGCUACUAGAAAAAUAAAAGGUUCAUCACUAAAGACACUAAAGUCUCCUCCCCCAGUAGCACUUAAUAAACCAAGAUCAUUAUCACAAAGCGAACGAUCUCAACCAUUGUCAACAGCAAAAAAAACACGACCACUUUCACAAACCACACAAUAUCCACCAACAGCACCUAAGCCAAGUCAAUCUCAAGAUUUAUCAUCAGCUCCACAUGAUCCAACAGCAACAGUACUGCAAGUUAAGGAGGGGAAGAAAGAUCCAUCAUCAUUCAAACCAAUGGAAGGAUCAAUGUCACCAGAAUACAUUACAAUGAAAGAGAUGUUAGCUGAUCUUGUUGAUCUGUUGGCAGGAAAUGCUCCAGCUAUUUCUCAGUUAAGUAAUCAUCUCUUUUCAUCUGAUCUUAUUCCUAAAGCAGUACAUGUUACUGUUGAAAGUACUGCAGGACUCAGUCCUUAUGAUAGAGCUAAUAAAAUAUUCUCUUCAGUACUAGCAACACUUGAGUGUCAUCCUAAUCCUAACAGUGUGUUCUCUUCUCUCAUUACGUCACUACAGAAAGUAGAGCUUAAGAACAUGGCAUCUAAACUAAUGGAAAAUUUAAAAAUGAAAGGUGGUCAUGUUGAUCCUAAUCUAGAGCAGCAACCAUCAGUCAGUAAGGGACCACUUCAACCAGUGGAUGUCACUGCACAAUCUCACACACCACAACCAACAAUCACUCAAUCACAAUCAUCUACUCCUACUACUGUCAUUGAGCUCAGUUCGAAGAGUGAAGUUGCCGCCAAUAUUGAAAGUCUUCAUUCUCGUUUUGCAUCUCUUGAUUCUGAUAUAAGAGAUGAGUUUGAGGAGCUGGUGAACAAGGGUAAAGCAAAUCUUAAAGCUGUAGCUAGGAGUGCAGCAGCUUAUUUAAGCAUUAAACUAUCCAGUUUAAAAUAUGGCGACGUUGAUGAAUUAUUUGAUUCUCUUCAGCCUCAUUAUGAUUUCUUCAGUUGUGGUGGUGUUCUUAAACACUUAGCAAACAAAUAUCUUUUAAAUGCACAAACUGAGCUAACUCAAUACAUUGAUAGUGUUGAUAAAUUCUCAGAAUCAUCACAAUUGAAGCACAUACGAUCAACAAUCAAAGAAAAAUUGACAUCAAUACCAGCAGCAGCUUCACCAACCACUAGCGAUCAAACAAAACCAGUCGUUUUUAAACUGAAUGACAGAUGGGAAGAAAUGACAAUAAGUAAACUCAAGACAGUCCUCAAGCAUUACUUUGGAGUAACAUCAGAUCUCUUCAAUCACAUUAACUUCGAUUAUGGUUCAGUUGUUAUUACACUGUUAAUACCAACUUCACUAUCACAGUCUCUCAUUGAUACAAUUAAUAAAAAAACAAACUCAAUGAGUAGAUUAGGAAUAUUGGAAGUUGCUGUUGACAAUAAAGCAAUUCCUAUCAGAAGAGAAGAUGAUAACAAUUUUGAUGUUUCGCUCCAUGAUUCAGUUAAAGCUGGUGAUAGUUUUGAAGUAUCAAUGCUACUGCAGUUAGGAGCUGAUCCUAACAGUAAAGAUGAGAGAGGAAAGAGUGCAGUAGAGAUAGCUAAUGAAGGAGGACACACUCAAAUAAAAGAAAUACUAUUAACUGGUGGAGGUGAGUUAUUUGAUACUAAUAUUAAUACACAUCACACAUAA